UUUAAGGAAUUUGUAGUUUCAACUAAGUUAAUUCAAAACGACAGUGAUAAUACACAAAAUGCCUUAAAUUUUUUCCCAAUUGGUGAUCGUGGCAGUAAUGGACAGUCUUCGACAUCUAAUGUGGAUCGCAAUGGCAUCAUGUUUUUUACUCAAGUACACCGUGAUGAAAUUGGGUGCUGGGAUACAUCCAAACCAUAUAUACGCGAAAAUCUAAAAUUUUUGGCGAACGAAAAUGAAAGCAACAUGUCACGUUUAAUACAAUUUCCGAACGACUUAAAAGUUGAUCAAGAGUAUGAGCAAAACAUAUGGGUUAUGAGCAACCGCCUACCCAUAUUUUUAUAUAGCCAGUUAGAUUUUAAUGAUAUAAAUUUCCGCAUCUUACGCGCCAAUAUUAACAAGGUCACUACCGGCACUAUAUGCGAUCCCAGUAUCAGAGCAAGUACGAAGCUCAAAACUGCUACACUGAAUGAGGGGCAAUGCCUAUGAUGUGGACACGUGGAAGAAGAAUUUCUUAAAAUCUAUAUUUUUAUAACAGUUGAAAGCAAAAUUAA